CUAAAAAAUAUAUAUUACCAUUUAUAAAUUACUGUUAUCAAUGUUGGAAAAUAUAGAUAGAAAUAGGAUAAUCCAUUUAAGAAUCUGUAUGUCUACCAGACCAGGUGGAUUUUUCCUAAUAUUUUAUCUGCGUCUCAUCUAACAACCAUUCAAAGGGCUAUUGAAGGUAGAAUAUUAGAGUGGUAGAUGCUCAUAUGGUUAUCCAUGAUUAUGUAUACGGUUCUGGCUUGACUGUGACAGCAUAGUAUUGAAUCUGUACCGUCCCUUCAUCAAUUAUUCCCUCAAUUUAAUUAAAACCAAAUUUACUGUUUCAGAAAGCUGAGUCCACAUCAGUAAACGCCACAACUACACACACUUCCAACUACUCCUGAAAUUUGUCAAAACUUCAUCUUAAAUUCCUUCCAUCUACCCUUCUUUCAAAUAGGGAGCCCCACCAGAUGCUGUUUGUUUAUAAAUACAUAGAGCAGAAGACUGAUUUCUAAUACAACUGCCUACCUAGCCAGUACAUUAAAUUUAGUCUUGAAGAGAGCAAGAAGACAUACCAACAAUGGCGGCCACAGCACCACUGAACGGCAACGCUCGUACGCCAGUGAACGUCUACGCUGCUGCACCAGAGAACGGCAAUGCUGCUGCACCAGUGACAGUCUGCGUAACUGGAGCGGCAGGUUUUAUGGCCUCUUGGCUCGUGAAGCUCUUGCUGGAAAAGGGCUACAUAGUGCACGCCACAGCGCGCGACCCAGAAAACAAGGCCAAGGUAGCGCAUCUGCUCAGCCUUCCCGGUGCCGAUCAACGGCUGAAGCUUUUCAAGGCAGAACUGUCCGAAGACGGGAGCUUUGACGCCGCCAUCGCUGGCUGCGACGGGGUUUUCCAUGUGGCGACUCCUACCGAGUUUGCCCCCAAAGAUCCUCAGAAGGAUUUAAUUGACCCAGCGAUCGACGGGACCCUGAAUGUUCUGAAGGCGUGCAGUAAGGCGAAAACCGUAAAGCGCGUGGUGGUCACAUCGUCAGCUGCCUCAGUUUCCAUUAACGAUUCCCCCGAGCAGAACCAGUACAUCGACGAGUCUUGCUGGACAGAUGUCGAUUUCCUUCAGACCCAAAAACCCCCUGCUUGGGCAUACCCAGUAUCCAAAACACUUGCCGAGCAAGCUGCUUGGCAGUAUGUAAAGGAGCAUGACUUGGACAUGGUCACCAUCAUCCCUGUGUUAGUUGUGGGGCCUUCCAUUACACCCACAGUGCCUUCCAGUUGUCAACUUGCCCUUUGCCUACUUACAGGGAUUCCCCCAUUCAUUGGAGGCUUAAAGGGAAUGCAAAUGGUAUCAGGAUCUGUUUCCUUGGUACAUGUGGACGAUGUUUGUAGUGCUCAAAUAUUCCUUAUGGAGAAUCCUAAUACCCAAGGUAGGUAUAUUUGUUGUCCUAUUAACACAUCUGUUCCACAAUUGGGAGAGUACUUGGCUAAGCGCUAUCCUCAAUACAACGUUCCUACCAAGAUUGAAGAUGUGCCUUCCACCCCCAAGGUGAACAUCUCAUCGAAGAAAUUGGUGGAGAGUGGCUUCACUUUUCAAUAUGGGAUUGAUGAAAUUUAUGAUCAUACUGUUGAGUACUUCAAAACUAAGGGUUUGCUAGCUUAAGCACCACACUUGCUAGUUUAUGUUUUGUCCUAUUUGGACGGAUUAGUCAUAUGAUAUGUAGACAAAAAUGAGCAUCUCUUUAGAUGCCAAAAGAGAGUGUGCCUUUACCUAGUUGGAUGAAUAAUAAACUCAAAUGACAAGAAUAGAUAUUAGUGUCUAAGUAGAGUUGUCUCUUUAAUAGGCAUUAUUAGCACUUGUAAGAAGCAUGGUACUAUAAUUAAUUCAAUUUUCAGAUAA